AGAACAGGGAGGAUUGCCGAAUCCACGUCAGCGCCAGUUGGACGCGAGCGUCGCCAGCGAGCGCUUUGCUCUAGAAUACUGUUUUGACUGCUGCUUGUGCCAAUUACUAUAAUUAUGUUUAACAUAGAAUGUCAAAUUGCUCUAUAUUUGGCGAUGAUUUUCUCGGGGGCGCUGUUGGCUCAUGCUCCGCUGCUCCUGGAACAUGCCUGCACAUAAGUGGCCUGAAACUUAACCCCUUACAGGGCUGACGCUCAGCCAUAACACAGACUGGAGGAAUGCCAGGCCGGUGCUGUUUAACAAAACAAUAUCUGAUGUGAGAAGUUCCAGAGACAGUUUUUUUUUUCCUUUCCUUUACCCCCUUUUUUUUAUUUUUUUUUGUACAAGGUGGUGUACAGUAUGUGGUAAUAGGAAGAGGCGCAUUGUGUAACCGGAGCGUGUUAGUCAAUCAGGUGUGGCACGUUCGCUGGAACACUUUAAAUCACUUUUGGGAAGAGUGUCACCUGCGAAAAAUGUACGAAUCCACGAUGCUGUCAUGGAACGAAAACACCUCACACGACACGCCGCCGACCCAACACAACGCCCUGGUGUCACCGCUCGACUUCCGCGCGUCUUUCACAAUCUUCCUUCGACUCAGUCUGGUCCCGUCGGAGGGGAACGCGUUUAGUCUGUGGCUCCAGACGGCGAAUUCAUCCGUCAAACAUACACCUACACCCCCCGCAUGAGCACACACACACACACAGCACAGGGAAAAGCUGGCCGUGGCUCGCCUGCAGAGGGAAGUCGCACGGAGCAAGAGCGAAGGAACAAUGCGUGAAAAGCUGAUCCACGAGCUAGAGGAAGAGCGACGCCUGCGACUGGAGAGCGAGAAGCGUCUCCGGGAAGUGACGGAGGAGUCCGAGCUGGGACGGGCGCAGAUGGUUUCACUGCAGCUGCAAUUCUCCAGGAUGGAAGAGACGGUGCGGUCGCUGCUGCAGAAUCAGGGAGGCCUGGAGCAGACCGCUGUGGACACAGUGGACAUCAUGAAGGCCUAUAAGGAUAAACUCUCAGAGGAAGUGAAGAAGCAGCAGCAGCAGCAGCAGCAGCAGCAGCAGCAAACUGGCCCCGAAGACAACGGCUCCCCACUGCCGGACCCCGGGCUCCAGCUGGAUCCCGAACACGAUGCCAGCCAAGCAGAAGAGGACAAAGACAAAACCAAGCUCCUCGCGGAGCGUCUCAAGGCCCUGGAGGAGGAGAACUCAGCUCUGGCCUUGGAGAAUGAGAAUCAGAGGGAGCAGUAUGAACGCUGUCUGGACGAGGUUGCCAAUCAGGUUGUGCAGGCGCUUCUCACUCAGAAGGACCUGAGAGAGGAGUGUCUGAAGCUGCGGACUCGAGUGUUCGACCUCGAGCAGCAGAAUCGGGCGCUGAGCGUACUGUUCCAGCAGCGGAUCAAGCCGGCGUCGGACCUGCUUCUCCAGAAACUCCACUCUCGGAUCAUGGAUCUGUCUGCGGCAGAUUUGCUCCUGGAGCCAGAGCGAAGCAAGGCUUUCCUGCUUUCCAGGAACACGGACUCUCCCUCUAAUGAGGUUCAGCUGAAUGGAAAGGCAGGACUCCCUGUGGCCAAGUGUCUGAGCCAGCUUAGCCUGACGGUACCGGCGCCCAUAUACCAGCGCAGCAGCCGUAGCAGUAGUGAGUUGUCCCUGUCGAGUGCAUGCAGUGAAUUCUCCAGCGGCUCUUACACCUGGAAUGAUGGACGCUCCAGCGGGAAAAUGCCAUCUCUGACCUGGGAGAAGAGGCUGAGUUUGGGUUCGUCAGCUCCUAGUAAUAUCUGCGCCCCCCCUGAGGAGCAGCUGCCCACAAGGCGUAAGGAGAGCCACAUACUGGAAGGACUAAGGAAGCUCCAGAGGAGGAAACACAGGAGCUUAUCUGCUUCGUCCAAGGUCUCCAAGUCUGGAUACAAAGACUGCAUGAACUCCAACGAGGGCAUCUACUCCCUGGGUAUCAAGAGUAGCAGCAAAGGGGUAACGAAGCCUUCCCCCGUUAGCAGGACUUCCGCUGCACGGGGCAAGCAGUUCUCCUACGACUCUGAUGAUGCAGAUGAUGAAUUGGCACAAUCUAGUUGCAGAGACAAUAUCCCUACCAAGGACGGCUGGUUUAACUGUAAGAGUCUUUCUCACAGCAUCUCAGACAGUUUGUGUAGCUUGGAGGGGAGUCAGGACAGUGGAGCCGACGGUACCUCAGGUCCCAUGGCUGCAAAAAACCCUCCCGCCUAUGACUCAAAAGAUCGUCCCGAAAAGCUCAUGAGUUUCAUUAACAGUUUACUACCUGAGGGAGGGCGGAAGUCAGCUUUUAGCAAACCAUCCAUGCUGCGCUUCAAACCUUCCGACCCAAAGGGUCCCAUUCUGCUCUCUGAUAUGGAUGACCCAGAGGAACUCAAGUCUGAGUGCAGUGAUAGCCGAAUGUCCUUUAGCCACCCACCAGAGCAAGUCGAGAGGCCAUCAAGGGAUCCUGCCAAGCUGCUCACACAGCAGUGCUUGCGGAGAGAGCAGGGACGCACCCAGUCUGCAGAUGGGAGGCCUAGGCCUUUUAGCUUAAUCAAGGAGCCCAAAGGAGCCAAGUACACCCAGUCUGAGGAGAGCAUAGUGGCGAUAUUUGAUGCAGAGGGAGAGCCUAUUGAACUUUGCGCUCAGAAGCUUGCAGUGGAUGCUGGUCACAAAGUGGUUGCUAAUUACGCAGAGAUAGCGCCGCAGGAGAGGCCGACGAGGCAAAAAUCUACCAAUUCCAGGAAUUACACUGUUCUUGAAUCUCCAGAGAAGCCUUCUGAAUAUCACAUUAGAACUAGCAAAGCAAGCACUAGCAGGGAGGGGAGUGCGGAGAGGCUGUCGAUGCAGCUCAACCCUCAAAGGAAACUAAUCAAACCACCAAGCAACCGAGCUAAUAAAGGCCAUUCCAUCCCUCCCAUGAAUGAAGCUGCUUGUCCCAAGUCGAGUGGUUCAAAGAUACCUGGUCGUAACAAACCUUCAGGAUCUCCACUGAGAUUGUCAAAAGGCUGCUCAACUGAACCAAGCAACAGUGGCAACUCAGGGCCCUCUAGUCAGGAAAAGAACCCCUCUUCCCCUACAGUUAAAUUAUCCAGAUUCAUUAAGACACCAGGGACCUGCUCACAGAGCCCAAAGGCCGUCAACUCCAAGCUCCCUAGCAGGACAGAAUGGAGUAAGAGCUCCUCAUCCGGUUCCCCUCACUUGUCAAGGAGGCACUUGGAGUAUGCUGACAAUAGUGAACAGCCAACCAGAGACAAACACUGUGAAACUAGCAAAAAUAAACUCAGGUCCCCUUCUCCACCCCCUCCCCCAGGCCGAACCACCUCCUUACUGAUCAGACCAAAUUACGAAGGGUCACCUCAAGCACAUAAAACAGGGGUGGCUCAACCAUCCGCACCAACCACUGUGAGGGGCCCUCCCCCAAGUUACCACACCUCACUUGUACCAAAUAUGCAAGCUACGCUACCCAUCAAGGAUAAAGACUGUUUAGACUUGGAUGCAGGCUACGGGACUGCACUUGCACCUCAGAAACUGGUCGACAAAACCAGUCAGCACCUUCAAAAGUCCCCCGCCAUGACUCAGACACCUACUAAAGGCACUUCCAAACGGAUAACCACAAAAGACUACCUCCCUUCUGCAAACUCAGGGUGUGCUCGAGAACCUGAAAAUGCACCUAAAGGCUCAAAGAAUGUCCCUCCUCCCUACAGUGCCCUCAGAGGGUCCUCACUUCAGAACUCAUUUGCAAGUAAGAGGGGAUCCACCACUCAUGAAAAUGUCCACCAGUCAGUGCAGAAAACCUCUAUUAGUUUACCGAUAUCACUUCAAGAUGCACCUCAAGGCCAAACGGAGUCUCAGCAUGGUAAAACUGCAGUCAGCCCACCCAGCUCAGCUGUUAUAUCCCCUAACCCAGUGGAAAAAACCUCAAAGACUCGCAUUCCAAUGGGGUUUAAAGCAUUUUUAAAAUCUCCCCCUAGCCAUAAAAAUAGUCUCUCUGUACCAGGCAAACAAGAGAAAGAUCAUAUCAACGCAGUCUCCAAGGAGACUGUGACUUCAAAUGCUUCCACCCAGUGUGACAGCAUGCAGUCAGCGCACGGUAUUGAUCCACCACCCAAGAUGUCUGUUACAGAGGGGAAAGGUGAAGUCCAGUGUAGGUUACUGGAAGAGGAAUUACAAGCUCCCGUGCUGGCAGAGGAGGGGGAUGUUUGUGAUAAGGGGAAAAGGAGUAGUCAGCUAUUCAGUAGAUCCAUAUCCGUUACAACCAAACCUCAUCUGAAGCCGGCCUUGGGUAUGAAUGGAGCCAAAGCUCGCAGCCAGAGCUUCAGCACCAACUACAUUGAGAAACCCAACAUCAAUGUUCUAGAGGGACCAGGAAAAAUCAGAACUCACAUCAUCACCAACUCUGGUGAAAGGGGGAACUCCCUUUCAAGACAGAGCUCCUUGGAGGCACCUAGUGUUGGGUUGGCCGAGAGCCCUAUCCAUUCCCCGAGGACUAGGCUUAGCCACUAUGGGGGCAUGACAGGGUCGAAUAUUCACAGCGCUCUCCCUGAGAGAACUUCUAAACCAGGCUCCAAAGGUGACGAGUCACAGGGCGCAGGGAAGGGGGAGGCCAUCACCUCACCUUCGUUGAAAGAGGUGCGCAGCUUACCCGUCGGUGACAGAAUUGGUUUGAACAACAUCCGUAAACCAGCAAAAGUUGCCUCUCAUCCACAGUUCCAGCCUCCGCCCUCUUGUGUCUACAGCUUGGAAAACUCAGUUAGAGAGACCGAACCCACAGCGACCACCCCUAACGAGACAGACCUAAGUCAGGCAGACUCGCCAAACAAAACCCUAGAAAUGGAGGAGAAAAGGAUCAGCUCAAUGGUCUGCACUAUUGAAGAGAAAGUCAUGAUGGGAAUUCAGGAAAAUGUGCAGAAAUGUCAGGAGCAGGGGAAGGUUGCCGCCAGCGAGCCCAAGCAGAAGACAGGCCCCUCUCUGGCGAACUGGUUCGGCCUCCGCAAGAGCAAGCUUCCAGCGCUGGGCGGCAAGAAAGCAGAGUCCCCCAAGGGAAAGGAAGAGAAGAAAGAGCUGAAGAUCGGCUCGGUGCUCGGAGGCAAACAGGUGAAGUCCGACAAGAAGAAGGACAAGAAGAAAAAUGAGAACCAGCAGAAAGACAGUCCGGAGAUGCAGAAUCUGGCUGAGGUGAACAACAAGCUGAGCUCCAUCAUGGACCACUGCAACAACCAGAUGGGUCAGAUCACCAGUCAGAUCCAGUGCACCACCGGCUUUAUCGGCAAAGACCAGUUUGUGAAAGAGCUUCUUGGCAGGGCCGCUGUGAAGAGCAACUCUGUGGCCGCGCCGCCGCCUGGGAUCUCCACGCCCAAGAAACACGCCGAAAUGAAGGGAGAUAUGGAGAUCUGUACAGAUACCGCUACGCUCCUAAUGACCGAGAAGAUCAAGCUCAAAGCUGAAAAUGAGGAGGGACACAUCCCAGACACGGCUUGUCAAGGCCACAUGAUCGGCUCCAGCUGUCAGAUGAGAACCCUGGACAGUGGCAUUGGCACGUUCCCCCUCCCUGACUCGGUCACCCGGGCCAACAGUCGCCACAUCCCUAAAUCUGAAUCCAGCCCAGCCGGGGUGACCGCCGGCUCCUCCGAGCUCGAUCAGGAGCUUCCCUCUUCUCACCCUGACCCCUCACAACCCGAUGUGAAAGUGCCUUCCCCUCCAAAAACCCGCCUGCAUGCCCCCGCCACCAUGGGCCACUCCCUGUCCGACCCCACUGUGACCUGCAGCGUCGCCCAGGACACCCACAGCCGGCUGCCCAAGUUAGCAUCCUCAGAUGCCAUCAGGACAAAGAGGUCGAGUCUCUGCGCGCCACGUAGCAGCAUGUCAGGUUCCACCGAAGAGAAAGAAGAGAGGAAGAUGAGGAGCAAGGAGCUUGAUAUGCCUGGCGAAAGAGCCCUGAUAGUGUGCACGUACUCGGGCAGCAGCAGCGACACCGAGACUGAACCCGAGGGAACGGGAAGCACUGUGAGCUCGCCACAGAGGACGCCGAGAGACCGGACCAAGACUGGCGACUCAGUCGACGAGGAGACCCUAAAGAGAGCGAGUGUUGAGAAGCCCUUGUCAAUCAUGGACUACUACCAGCACGACAUGUUCUCGCACCUGGAGCAGAAGGACAGCAGGAGGAUCUCCCAGUACAACCUCCUGCACAAAGAGUCCUCCCUGGACGGGACGGCGGGGGACAGGCUCAGUAAGGAGAUCAGCCUGGAGAAGCUGCCCGGCAGUGGAAGCCAGUCGACCUCCCUGGACUUCUCCCUGGAGUCCCUGAACCAGCUGAACCACAGCAGCUCCAGCCUGUACCCCCCGGACGCCGGCUCGGGCGUCCGCCGGGGCCGCGCCGACGCGGGGCAGAGCGCCGAGGGCCGCCGCAAGCCGGACGAGCCGUCCUCCUCCGCUUUCGCGGGCAGGUCCGGGGCCGACCCCGUGGGCUCCCUGAGCGACUCGCUCUACGACAGCUUCUCCUCCUGCACCAGCCAGGGCUCCAACGACGUCUGACGAGGGCGGGGCUGCAGGGGCCCCGCGCGUCUCCGCAACGUCUCCGCACACUUUUUGGCCCUUUAAUUCGCUUCGCUCGGCCUUAAACGCAACUCUGGAUCGGCUCUCGACUGCAGCCCUGUCCUCUCUGCUCACAACACGAAGCACUUACAGAGCUGGAGACGCGAGGACGGAACCUCAACCUCAACCUCAACCCCAAACCAGGACUUUUAAUAGUUUGACUCUGGGUGUGGUGGACUGGACGGCAAUACCGCAUUGCUUUUAGUUUUCCUCUUAUCAUUGCACUGUAACAAAUACUGUACAAAGUUUGUAAGGAGUGUAAAGUGAACGAUUAUUCAGACGGUGAUAAACAGGUUCAAACAUCCUCUGACUGCUUUCCUGAUUGGUCGGAAACUCAAUGUGUCAUUUCAUGUAUUGCUGCUAAUAACGAUGCCCAUGGAGGAUGACCUGAAAGUGCCCAUGUGGAAUCACAACCCAGAACAAUAAUAAUAAUAAUAAUAAUAAUCUUUAGCUACUUCUUUUUUCGAAGCAAUAAUAAUAAUAAAACAAAAGCAGAACAGGAAUAAAAUUCUUGAAUUUCUCUUGAUUUUAAAUAUUUUGUGUUGUCGCAAACGUGUUCAAACCUGCAGCCAAAAAAAAAAACAAAAUCAUAAAAAAUGUAAAUUUAGGAAAUGUUCUGCAAAAGAAAGAAAGCUAAGGCAAAGUUUUUUGUUUGUUUUUUUUUUUCGGCGUGGUACAUUGACUUUUUUUCGGUACAGGAAAACCACCAACUGUUUGUUUUGAACGCUCCCCAGUGUCACUGUUGGUAGCUCAGGGAAGAUGCUGUAGAUUGUAUAAAAUAAAAUAAAAACGCAGCCAUCAGGAACUUGUGGACAAAAUACAGAUACCACUCAGUAGUCCUUUGCCUUUUAAUUACUAUUUUUUUUUUUAUUUCGAUUUCCUGUUGCAUAACUCAGAACCCAAACUGUGUAGUUGUCAGUCUCAUGUAGCGUUGUAUGGAAGCCCAUUAACGCCAGUGUGAAAAGUUAUUAUGUUGAGACUUUAAUAUCUCAUUUCUCUUCUUAUUUUGGGCAAAAUGUUGCAUCAUUUUGACAUAUUUAGUUGAAAUAAUGACACAUUUUGUCAGAAUUAUGAUAAAGUUAUUGCAAAAGUUAUGCUACAUUUUCUCCAGUAAUGACUUCUCUUUAAAAUAGUGACCUAGUACCUCAAAAUUCUGACUUAUUGCCACAAACUAAUGAAAGAUUUUGCCAAAAAUGACCUUAUUGGACAUAUUCACUCAUAUUCUUUAGCUAUUAAGUAAGUUUUGUAUUCAUUAAUUUGCUGUUUUAAGAUGCAAAGUGAUUAUUUUUGGCUGAAAUGGGCUUCCAUACACCAUAGCAUACCUGAACCCCAGUUUUCCUCUCCUAGCUGUGUAUUAUAUGUUGUACAUAAAAAUUGCUAUAAGUUAAUAUCAGAAUGGGCAUUGCUGAUUUAUAUAUGCAAAUAAGAAUAAUAAAAAGAAAGAAACAAACUUAAAAAAAAAAGCAGAUGUAAAUUGUUUGCCAAUCAUUCAAGGGUUUAGGUUUGAAGGUGGCAUGUGUGUGUGUUUUCUUAUGGAAUUCUUUCGAGGUUUUAAGACUUUAUUUUGAGAUCGCUUAAAAAAAAAUAUUUUAUCACUUUAUUUUAAAAACCUAUUUGAACCUUAGGUGGAGUUCUGCCAAAAUUCUACCUGGAAUUUGACCAGCUGGUGCUAAUCAACGGAGCCGACUGUGCGUGUUUCGAUUUUUUUUUCUAUGAAACUGUUAAUAUUGUAUGAAGAGAGUCUGAAGAGGACUUGUGUAUUUUUCUAGAUGUCCAGUAUUUAUACCCACAUUUUGUACUGUGUGACUUUAGUGCGACUGUCAUGCUUCACCUCUUUCCUUAAAUGUUCCUUUGUAAAGAGAAAGGGUUACCAGCAGUGUUACUUUGGCAAUUAAUAUUAUUGUUAUUAUUACUGUGUGCAAUUCCGUCUGUUACACUAGACUUUAAUUCUAUAUUUUAUGUAACUAUUUCCUAAAUAAAUAUGAGAAACUAUUUCCUAUUUCAAAUGA